UUUUGCGUUGCUCACAAAAUGGUAAUCGUCCACAGUUUGGUAUGGGUUCUACUAUUGGGGGUGCUCGUGGCAGCCUUGUCAUCACAAGAGGCAUUGGGCCUCACAGAACUCUCCCAGAAAAGCGAGGACUUCAUCAUACGCGUCACCGAUGGGAAAUUGGAUCUGUUCACAGGGGUAAGAGACUAUUACACGUUGGUGAUUCUCACAUCUACAUCUUCUGAGCACAAAUGUACCACUUGCCAGAACCUCAUCGACAUUGUGCAGAUAGUUGCUCGAUCCUGGUUUCACGACUAUACACGUCUGCACGCAUUGUUUUUUGUCGAAAUUGACUUGGUUCACGAGCCCAAUAUGCGGUUAGCAGGCGCUAUCCAACUUCAAACAGUUCCACACCUAUGGCUUGUACCGCCCAACCCCGAGGAACAGUACGAUGAAUUUGCAUUAUUGAAGGAACAGCAUUUUAUUUACCGAUUGCCGGUGGGUAAAGUCGACAGCCAAGCGUUUGACUUAGCUCAGUUCUUGUCGCAGACCCUUCAGAAGUCUAUCUAUAUUCGAGACGGAGACCCCAUGGUGAACUUUGUGUUGUACUUUGUGGUGACGUUCUUGGUGAUCACUAUAUGUAAACGAAAUGCUCCUCAACUCGUCAAGAACUUGGGUAGAGUGUUUGCCUACAAGGUAUUGUCUAUUGGGAUGAUAUUGGCUUCCACCACCGGAUUCCAGUAUUCUCGGAUCCAAAAGAUCCCCUUUGUGGCCAGGAACGAUGAGGGACUUAUCAUAAUCUCGGGAGGUACACACUACCAGUUUGGAGUCGAGUCCCUCAUUGUCAGUGGGGUCUAUUUACUAUUGGCUGUAUCGUUCCUUGUGUUGGUGUAUCUUGGAAGUUAUAAAACCACGGCCAAAAGUACCCUUGAUGACCAGUCUAAACAUAUUCUCAUCAUCUCCAUGACCAUCACAUUGUACUUGUUGUACAGUGCGCUUACAAGCAUUAUUCUACGCAAAGACUCCGAUUAUCCAUAUGCCUUCACCAAGCUCUUUUAAGUAUUAAUGCGAUUCUCAAUUUCUGACGCGUACAAUUUUUCAGUAGGCUCUAUACUUAAUGUCAAAUACUGUUGACAGUAAAAGAGUGUCAGAGACUCAGCACCCUGAGCGCAACGUGGUGGUAAAGAGAACAAAGAUCACAGACUUUUUCCUGGUCAAGAAGAAGCCUGCACCACCGAAAGACGUAAGCUCUACUGAGUCGAAACAAACAAUCAAGACGGUAACAACUACAACGACAUUGAAACUAAAACCAACCCAGCCAGCCGAAACAGCUCAACAAUGUGACCUGUUGGAUGAAGACGCCUUCUCUACAAAGUACAACUUCAAUAAAAAAAAGUGGAUAGAACUGCUUUCUCCAAAAUAUCUCGAGCUUUUAGACCUCGAAAUCAACUAUUUACACAUUUCCUGGUUGACUUUUCUUCACAAAGAACUCACGAAACCCUACUUUCUCAAAUUGAAACGGUUUCUCAAAGCUCAGGCCCACAAGACGGUAUUUCCUCCUAAGCACCAGAUCUACUCCUGGUCCCAUUUCACACCACUUCCACAAUUGAAGUGUCUUAUUUUGGGCCAGGAUCCAUACCAUAACUUUAACCAGGCCCACGGGUUGGCAUUCUCUGUUUUGGAGCCCACAAAACCGCCUCCUUCUUUGAAGAACAUCUACAAAGGUAUUCAAAACGACUACCCCAAGUUUGAGCCUCCCAAUAGUUCUCAGGGUGGAGGUGGUAAUUUGACCAAGUGGGCUAAGAGGGGUGUCCUCAUGUUGAACACCUGUCUCACGGUAGAGGCGCACAAAGCCAAUAGCCAUUCGAAACAAGGAUGGGAAACAUUUACCCAAGAGGUCAUAAAUACAGCGAUAAACUACCACCAGAACCAGGAGAAUUCGGGGUUCGUGGUGAUGGCAUGGGGAAUGCCUGCGCAGAACACCGUGGGUCAAUUCCCUAAUUUGCAAAAGACAGACAACUUUCUUGUUUUGAAAACGUUCCAUCCGUCGCCAUUCUCAGCUGCAAAAGGUUUUUUCACUGCCCAGUGUUUCCGGAAAUGCAAUGAGUGGCUCGAACAACAGGGCAAGCAACGUAUUGAUUGGGCACUUUUAGACUCGAACCAAAUCUUUACUUGAAAGAAGCACGUUAAAUAGUUAAAUAUUCAUGUUAUUGUCAUUGGUUGUACAAACUCUUGCAACAUUGGUUUU